GGCGACGUGGUGGAUUGGCAGCGACCCGCCUGUAACUGCACAACCUCUGAGCCGAGACCCGACACCCCGGAGCCCGGACAGGCGGACGCGAACUCAAACCCUAGAGACGGCGGCCAUGGAUUCGGGAGGCGGAGGAGGGAGCGGCGCUCACAAGGCAGCCUCGGGCUCAGCGCCCUCGCCGGCGCCGCCGACGCCCAACCCCACGGCGAUGCUCUCGGCGCUCAUGAGCAAACGCGCCAAGCUCCAGGAGGAGCUCCGCUCCAUCGAGCGCCAGGUUUAUGAUAUGGAGACCACCUACCUGCAAGAGUCUAAUCAGUUUGGAAGUGUGCUGAAGGGUUUUGAAUCAUUUUUGUCAUCCUCAAAAAACACGUCUAACCUCAAGCGCUCCCGGAAAUUCCAGGCUGACGAGAGGCUAUUCUCUCUGUCAUCAGUUACUUCUCCAGCGGUUGAUGAACAUUUGACUGGACGAGAUGAUGGAAGAGAAUAUGGACCAGGCCGUUCAAAAGGCGGAAGCACCCCUGCAAAUGGGCAAGGGAAACCGAAGAAGGGAGGACGCCCCGGUGGGCGAGAUGGCAAGAGACUACGGCCGUCCAACGAUCCAGAUCUGGACGAUGAAGAUGACUACUAACUCCUCCCGGUUGUAGGCCUACUGUAGCGGAUUAACUUCAUUUAGCGUUUAGCCGCACAUGAUUCUUUAUGUAUUGUCUCCUUUCUCUUGCAGCCCCAGCUCGAUUGUUUUGCUUGCUUGCGUCUCUGCCUAUGUUUUUAAAGCGGUAAGGCGAGGCGAGGCGAUACACCACCGCCUUAUCGCCUAGGCGACGCCUAGGCGGGCUAAGGCGGGCUAAGGCGAGACCUUAAGCAAGGCGAGCCGCCACCGCCUUGUCGCCUAGGCGACGCCUUGAAAACAGAGGCUCAAGCCGGGAUUCUAUCGAGGAAAAGCCUCCCUUGGAAAAGAAGAAAGAAAGCGGCGGAGGGUUUAGCCACUCCAACCUUCGCGGUCUCCUCUCCUCUCGUCCCGUCCCGUCGCGUCUCUUCUCCCCAGUCGCCGCACCGCCACCAGGAAAACCCAGCGAAAAACCCUGGGUCCCUACGCCUCCCUCGUCAUGCUGCGCCGCCUCCGCCUGCGCUCGCUGGGGAGGGGGGCGCCGGCCGUCGCCGGGGCGGCCGCUGCGGUGGCGUUGCUCACCAGCGUCGCCUACGCCGACGGCGCCUCCCUCUUCCGCCGCCAGUCCCCGCCGUCGGAUCCGGGCGACGGGGACAAUUUGGGGGCUACAGCGUUCGGCCGCGACCCGGAGACCCUGGAGCGCAUGGCUCGCGCGCUGCGGGAGAUCAACAACUCGCCGCUCGCCAAGCAGGUGUUUGAAUUGAUGCCGAGACAGGAGGACACUCGCCUAGCGGAGAUUGAGGCCGAGAAGGUGCGCUACGCCAUCAACGAGAAGCUCAGAGACAUCGAGAGGAAACGGAAAGAAGCUGAAGAGUACAACAAUAAUUUGCAACAACAAGCACAUGCAAAAGCGCAAGGAUUACGCUACGAGGAUGAAUUAGCUAGAAAAAGAAUUCAGACGGAGCGUGAUAUACAAAGGCGACAAGACGCUGAACUUGUGAAAAUGCAAGAGGCAUCUGCCAUCAGGACAGAAGAAGCUAGGCGUGCCACAGAACGGAAGAUUUUAGAGGAAAUGAUACAGACUGAGAAAGAAAAGGCUAGACAAGAACAGCAAACAGACAGAAUUAAAGCUUUAGCAGAAGCAGAAGCUCGAGCUAUUGAACAGAGAGAAUUAGAAGAAGUUACAAGGAGAACGAUGUUAGAAAAAAUGAAGGGUGAAAAAGAAAAAUGGCUCGCUGCAAUAAAUACAACCUUUUCGCAUGUUGAAGGUGGGUUCAGAACGCUUUUGACUGAUAGGAGUAAACUAAUGAUGGGUAUUGGAGGAGUUACUGCACUGGCUGCUGGAGUUUAUACUACUAGGGAAGGAGCAAGGGUUACGUGGGGUUAUAUCAAUAGAAUCUUGGGUCAGCCUUCGCUGAUCCGUGAAUCAUCAAUGCCAAAGUUUCCACUGCCAAUGUCUAGAUUGCUCAAACCUACCUCAUCAUCUUUGUCGAGUGGAGCAGGCUUUGAUAAUGUUAUUCUGCACCCUUCACUCAAGCGGAGGAUUGAACAUCUUGCACGAGCUACUGCAAAUACAAAGUCUCAUGGUGCACCAUUCCGCAAUAUGCUGUUCUAUGGACCUCCUGGAACUGGCAAGACUUUAGUAGCAAGGGAGAUGGCUCGCAAAUCUGGCCUGGAUUAUGCCAUGAUGACGGGAGGAGAUGUUGCGCCCUUAGGAUCAGAGGCUGUUACCAAGAUCCAUCAGAUAUUUGACUGGGCUAAGAAGUCCAAAAAAGGAAUGCUGGUUUUCAUUGAUGAAGCUGAUGCUUUCUUGUGCGAGCGGAACAGUACCCAUAUGAGUGAAGCUCAGCGGAGCGCUCUCAAUGCACUAUUGUUUCGGACCGGUGACCAGUCAAGGGAUAUUGUCCUUGUCCUAGCGACAAACAGACCUGGUGAUCUUGAUGCUGCUGUCACUGACCGUAUUGAUGAAGUCAUAGAGUUUCCCAUACCUGGGGAGGAGGAGAGGUUCCAACUGCUCAAGUUAUACUUGAAGCAAUAUAUACUCAAGGAAGAGGGCAAAGGCUCUUCUUGGGGUGCAUUGUUCAAGAAGCAGCAGAGGAAGAUACAGGUGAAGGACAUAAGCGAUGAUUUGCUCCGGGAAGCUGCACGGAAGACCGAUGGCUUCUCUGGCAGGGAGAUUGCGAAGCUGGUGGCUAGUGUGCAAGCUGCUGUUUAUGGCCGGCCUGACUGUAUAUUGGAUCCCCAGUUGUUUUCAGAAGUUGUUGACUACAAAGUGACCGAGCAUCACCAACGCAUCAAGCUUGCUUCAGAGGGUAUGGCUUGAUCAACAAGAGAGAUUUACCUGGAAGCUUGGAUCUUCAUAUGAGGGACAAGCACCUCCCACUGACUUCAGUAGUAGUGGAUGUUUUGGGUUCCGGUGGAGAUUUCAGGAAAAUCCUGUAUGUUUAGGGUAUGUUCCCACCAGUUUUGUUCACAUAUGGUUGCUUUGCUUGCAGCAGGAGUUGUCCGAGGGACAGCCAAAUAGGAUGGAGUUGUGCUGAAACUGAAAUAGUUGUUCUAGGUUUGCACUGUGUUUUAUAGUCUCCUUGAGCCUAUUGAUUUAACCAUUCUUGGUCGCAUCUGUACGCUUGUUUAUGUCAAUGAAAAAGGGGCCAUUUAUGUGAUUGUUCUA